AUGGCUUCGUCAUCGUCGAACGUUGUGGGGGUGCACUACCGGGUCGGGAAGAAGAUUGGGGAGGGUUCCUUCGGCGUCAUUUUCGAGGGUAUGAACCUCUUGAAUAGCCAGCAAGUCGCCAUCAAAUUCGAGCCGAGGAAGAGCGAUGCUCCCCAGCUACGGGACGAAUAUCGGACAUACAAGAUCCUUGUGGGCUGCCCCGGGAUUCCAAAUGUCUACUACUUCGGCCAGGAAGGCCUCCACAACAUCCUGGUUAUCGACCUACUUGGCCCCUCGUUGGAGGACCUCUUCGACCACUGCAACCGGAGGUUCUCCCUCAAAACAGUUUGCAUGGUCGCCAAGCAGAUGUUGUCGCGCGUCCAAACGAUCCACGAGAAGAACUUGAUCUAUCGAGACAUCAAGCCCGACAACUUCCUGAUUGGCAGACCCGGGACCAAGACCGCUAACGUCAUCCAUGUUGUCGACUUCGGGAUGGCGAAGCAAUACCGUGACCCCAAGACCAAGCAACACAUCCCUUAUAGGGAACGCAAGUCCCUCUCGGGCACUGCCCGGUACAUGAGUAUCAACACGCAUCUCGGCAGGGAGCAAUCGAGACGAGACGAUCUCGAAGCUCUGGGCCACGUCUUCAUGUACUUCCUGCGAGGCGGUCUGCCAUGGCAAGGCCUCAAGGCUGCGACAAACAAGCAGAAGUACGAAAAGAUUGGCGAGAAGAAGCAGACGACGGCCAUCAAGGACCUCUGCGCAAACUUCCCUGAACAGUUUGAGAAGUAUCUCAGCUACGUACGCGGUCUCGGCUUCGAAGACGAACCCGACUAUAACUAUCUCCGCGGUCUUUUCACCGAGGCGCUCCAGGUAUCUGGGCAGGUCGAAGAUGGCGAGUACGAUUGGAUGAGGAAGCAGGACAAGAAGGGGGACUGGAACCGCCAAGCUUUACACGACCCAAACUCUCGGCCCGGGGCAUCUGCCAUGGAACUGCACGGCAACUCGCGGGGGGCCACCAAUCGUCACCAAAGCGACCCGCAAGCCCCGGGACUGACCGCAGCUCGUUUAAACGCCACGCAACCCCCGCUGCCUCGCCAGGUUAUGGGACAAUCACCGAACCCAGGGCGGCCAAACGGGCCCGGAUUGGCAAGUCCGCGCUCGCCGGCUGGGGGUUACAUGCAAGCGGCGCCGACUCCGACGGGCUCGACCCAGGCGCAGUUCCAGCACAGCGCGCAGAACCUGCCGCAGCGACCGAUGACCCAGUCACCCCAGAUGAACAGCCCAGCCCAGCCGCAGAGUAACCCUCAGCAACCGCAGCCGACGGGUAUGCAGAAGUUCUUCAAGACGCUGUGCUGCGGCUAG